AUGCCCGUCGUUCCAGAGCUAUCUGUAGGAACGGUGACUGAUUUAGAGAUCGAAGACAGGAUUGAUCACCUCCAACAGACCUUGCCUGAGGACGAGAAGGACAGUCACAAGAACCCCUCAGAUGGCGAAUCUGGCAGCAUCGGCGUUAAAGAGAAUGGGGAUGAUGAUUUUGACAGCGUGAUCAUUCGGACUGGGGCGGACGCUUCGGAACACCUACUAUCCGUAAGGGAUGACGGUGAUCCAGCUUUGACAUUCCGAAGCAUUGUGCUCGGUACGGCUGUCUCUGCAUUCCAAGCAGUCAUGAACCAGAUUUACAACUUUAAGCCUACUAGCGUGUCUAUUGGCGGUUCAUUUAUCGUCUUGAUCUCUUACUUCCUCGGUCGAGCUUGGGCAGCAGCAUUCCCCCGAGGUGAUCUCUUAGAGAAGAAGUUCCGUGAAAAGCAUACCGACCACGAGCCAUUGCCCCUGUAUAUCAAGGCCGCCAAAUUCAUAAACCCUUCAGAUUACGGCUUGAAAGAACAUGGGAUCGCCUCCAUCACUGCUGGAGCAGCCUCAAACGGAACAGCCGCCAUCUCCGUCUUUGCGACCCAAGACCUCUUCUACCCGGGUAACACCCUCACACCGCUAACCGCCAUCCUCGGUACUCUAUCCAUCGGGCUCUUUGGAUAUGGCUUGACGGGACUGUUCAGCCCCAUCACUAUCAACUCUCCAGAAGCAGUCUACUGGACUAACAUUCCCACUUUGAGUGUCCUACAAGGUCUCCAUUGGAACACGUUCAAGCAGAAGCGCAUGAGAGCCUUCUGGAUCGCUUUUGGUUUUAUGACGCUGUACGAGGUCAUUCCGGGAUACAUGUUUCCGUGGCUCAAUUCCGUAUCUAUCCCUUGUCUGGCAGGUAUGAAUGCCACGGGUAGGGCGGCCGAAGUCAUCACCAAUUUGUUUGGUGGAUCUUUGAGCAAUGAAGGUCUUGGAUUCUUGAGCUUUUCAUUCGACUGGCAAUACAUCACCAGUUCCGCCACUUCAUUGCCUCUGAUCAUGCAAGCAAACCAAGCGGUCGGUAUCAUCAUCGCGUACAUUGCCAUGUCUGCUGUCUACUAUGGCAACGCAUGGGGCGCCAAAGCGCUCCCGUUCAUGUCGACUUCACUUCGACAUGCCAACGGGACGCUUUAUCAUUCCUCUGCGGUCUUUGUCGACGGACAACUGGACCUCGAUGCCUUGGAAUCAUAUGGUCUGCCACAUCUGGCUGGAACGUACGUCUGGGCCUCUAUGAUCGGCACUGCUGCUAUUGGCGCUCUCAUUGGUCACUGCUUCUUCUUCUGGGGUGGCAAUAUUGUCAAUCUCUUGAAGACUCUGCGUCGAGGGGAAUCACCCGAUCGCCACUUUGAAGCGAUGCGGAAAUACAAGUCCGUUCCGUGGUAUUGGUUCUCCGGUCUUCUUGUCCUGUCAUUCGUAUUCGGCCUAGCAGUAGUCCUCAAGGAUAGCAUCGGUUUGACUGCUGGGGCAUAUGUCAUCGCAUUGAUCAUCGGUACGAUCAUUGCGCCAUUUAGCACGAUUCUGUACUCUCGGUUCGGUAGUGGAGUCGCUACAAACCAGUUGAUGAAAAUGUUGGCCGGUAUCAUCAUUCCUGGCCGACCCCUUGGCAACCUCUACUUUACAGCUUGGUCUCAUAGUGUUAUCGCGCAGAGUCUCAACUUGGCCGGCGAUAUGAAGUUGGGAGUUUAUCUGAAGAUCCCCCAGCGAACCAUGUUCUUGACUCAGAUCUGGGGAACUGUUUUUGGAGCUUUCAUCAAUUACGCCGUCAUGAUCUCCAUUGUCAAUUCUCGACGAGAGUUGCUGUUGAAUCCCAACGGAGAUUACGCCUGGAGUGGUCAAGCAUUCCAGUCCCUAAACAACCAAGCUACCACAUGGGCAUUGGCAAAGUACUUGUACUCUGCUGGCGAUCCCUACGUCCUCGUUCCAGUCGGACUCGCGAUCGGUUUUGGUCUCGUCAUGAUCCACCGAGGGGUUUAUCAAUUCUUACCGCGAAUCAGAGAUUUCGAUAUCCGAGAUAUCAAUGUCCCCAUUAUCGUCAUGUACUCUGGUUGGAUGGGAUACAAUCAAACUCAGACAUCGCCCAUCAUUUCGACCUUGUUGGCUGGAUUCAUCGUCCAGUACUAUCUUCGCAAUUAUCGACCGAGAAUUUUCAAGAACUACUCGUACCUCGUCACUGCGGGCUUGGACGGGGGAAGUUUACUCUGCAUGUUCAUCCUCUCUUUCGCAGUCUUUGGAGCCGCGGGCUCACAGCAUCCUUUCCCGAGCUGGUGGGGCAAUCCAGCUGAUGGUUAUCCGGAUCACUGCCCGAUAGCGCAGUAG